AUGCCAAAUCGAAAUGCCAGCGAAGUUCACGAUACCUUGACAAACCUUGACGAUGCUAUAUGGGAUAUUCCUAGUUCGCCAGCGGGGCAACUCGAAUCUGACCGGAAAACACAAAACCAUGAGUCCGCCCCGAAGCACUCUACUCCCGCCCAGAGGCUGCAGUCUCAAGUUGCAAAGUACUCGCGAACCCCGGAAAUUCAUCCACCCAGUGAUAUUGGGAGAUCACGAAGCUCCUCCCCAGACGAGCUCGCUUUCAUCCUAGAACAUUCUCCAAAAAACAAGCCACUGAACGGAAAUAACGAUGUGCGAUUUGAGCAUGUACUACCAGAACAGGUAUCGGAUGAUGAUUCUCCAUUAUCAUCUCCUCCGUCGUCGCUUUGCUCGCCGUCUGCUGAUGACGGGGAGAACGAGAUGGACGUGAGUCCAAUAGCACCGCAGCCCGAAAAUCUAGAUCAAAUUCUGCCGGAUCUAGACAUACCCCAAGAGGUGCUCGCACAACUGUCUCAGCCAGUGCGGAGAUCUUUCCGGGAACGCAAUGCGAUCCAAUUGCAUCCUUACGCCCUAGAAAUGGCCAAGUACCAGCGGCAGAUGCAGGAGAGGGGGAUCCGACCAGUUCGAAUGGCUAUACAAGCACAAAGAUUCCAACAAAAUGGAGCAACAGAUGAAAGCCAGGAGCAGGAUAAUUUCGAUCCCAACGCACUUCGGUCAAGUCCUGCCCCAGAAGAGUAUCUACCAACGGUCAGAUCCGAGCGGCAUCGUAGAAGCGAAUCAACCGGGCAACAUAAUCGACAUCUCGACCAACAACACUCCCCUAUUCACCGGGUGCACUCGCACAAACGGAGAAAGAAGUCAUACUCGGUUACUGAACGUGGUGCUGAACGUCCAUCUGAGAGUCAUGCCAGACCGCAAGUUGUCAUCAAUACCAACACUCCUCCGAAUGGUCAACAGGGACCAGCCGUGUUCGACAUACCGUCCAGCCCGCCACAUUCAAGGAGCGUUUCAUCCUUUUCAAAAACACUCCGAACAACGGAGGGCUUUCGAUUUCCUCUGGGAUUCACACCACCUCCGACUACUACUGCAGACGGAGACUCAAACUUGGCGACACCGGUAUUAGACGAACCCAAUGGAGAGGAACUACUUCCCACAGGCUCAAGUAGUGGCCCCGAUGAGGAAUCAGAGUCGGAUGCAUCCCGGCAAUCCUCCAUGGAGUCCGAGCAAAGAGCAGAAUAUCGUCGAAUCCGGGAUAUGCAGCGCAGAACUCGAGGUGUUCUUCCUGCAUCUUGGGUUCGACUGAACGCUGAACAGUCUGAAAGGCAAAAAGCCAGCCAGUUCAAUCGACAUGGGCCUGGGCUCAGAACAGAUGGCAAAGGCAUUGCCAAAAGGAUUGUCCGCAAGCCUGGGCGGUCAGAAGGAGCGACCACUCAGCCAAACCGCGCUCUGUUCGAUUUUGGGGACUUUGACGAAAGCGAAGAGGAGACCCAAAGCACUAGUAAUCGUGGCCCCGUCGACGACAAUGUGGCUGAGAGACCGACGGGGAGGUUGGAAUGGGAAGUCUCAAUCGACCGAGAUGGAGACGCUAUGGAGGACAAUCGGAUUGACUACAUGCUUGCACCGAUUUCUCGCAAUACAUCUGAUCCGCGGGAGAAGCGAAAAGGCUUGAAACGAGUGAAGUCAAAGGAAAGCUCAGGUCAAACCGAGCGACGUCUCAAGAAAGCUCGCUUGCAAAGGCAAACCAGACUAAUGGAUCCUUCAUAUGGAGGGCGUCGAACAAAGCAGCCUUCGACAAGGCCAGCAUUGAGGCUGGGGAUUCUCGAUGCUCCUGAUGUAGCUGCUCGGCCCCGUAUGGAGCAGCCACAAUUCCUACGAAUUGUCGCAAGACAAGCACGUUCGCGUCGAGACCAGGGCCGACAAAGCCCGACCCGGAAGUUCGUGCAGCUGGGCUCGAGACUGGAUACAGCUGAUGCGAAUGAAUCCUUGCGAGACUGGAAACGAGGAGCAAUACCGCGAGCCAAAUCCAGUCGACCUCAAUCGAAGCCUCGGAAGCGACAGGCUCUCACAAAUCUUCCAUCUGGUGGUCCUCGUGCUACACCCGUUACUCGGAACCCUCGACUCACAACCCAUCCCACCUCUGCAGGGAUUGAAACUCGUCCAGACCAAGACGAUCAGCCUAUGGCUGAGUUGACUCUUUCCAGGGACCCUCCGAUGUCUGUCAACGCUACGGUGCCAUUGAACACAGCCACCGACGCUGCGUUCACUGCACAGUCAGAGCGACGAGGUCAUCAAUGGAUUGUUCGAAGGAAUAUGCCGAUAACAUCGUUGCGGCGAAAUGAUCCCCGGCCAGCCCCAACAAGUCUAGCAGCGCCUAGUGAAAGCCAGUCCGCAUCUCGAGACAUGUUCAAUCGGUCCUUGACUUUGCUCAAUCGAAAGUACCGAGAUGAACAUUCGUCUCGGGCUAACAAGACCAAUCUGACUCUAGAUCGAUACAUUUCCGAUAAAGGCCUAGCAACUCCUCCAGGAUCAUCUUCUGUGGCUCCGGGAGAUGCUGAGAAAAGGGCAGUGGCUCCUCAAUCUCAACCCGGUCGCCGUCGUUUGAAGAAACACCCGCCACAUCGUAUUAAUCUCGAAUCGAUUGAGUUCGCUCAGGACCAAGAACCAAUUACAGCAAUCUUCGAUGACUCGGACUCUCCGGUUAUUACCCACUCAGCACCUGCUCGUCCAUCCUCCUUCAGCGUGGGUGGGCUGUUCAAUUGGCAACGCUCGUAUUCAGUGGACUUCGGGGUAAAGCCUUUGCGCGACGGUACAUUUUUCCAUGAAUCUACAUUCAUAGGAAGCGGAGAAUUUUCUCGUUCGCUGAAUGUCAUAAAGCGAGACCUAGACAAGGAGACUAGUUUCUCGACAAUAUUUGCGAAGGAUCAGGCGUUGCACUGGGGAGCCUGGAACGAGCUGGUUUCUUCGGGAAUGGGCUCUGUGUUCGACAUGAUGAUGGAAGAUGUCGAAAAAAGUGCAUCCUCUCCCCUAGCACUGGACUCGGGGCCAUGGUUGGUAACUGCGUCGCAUGUUUAUCGAUCAAUAAUUACUUAUGUCACGGAGCAUUUGUCGUUCAUCGAUCCAGUUGAUCGGACAAACUUUGUCACUCGAGCCAUGGGCCUAGUCUUUUCGCUGAGAGAUCCGAUGGCUGCUUUCAUCGCUGGUAGCGAAUACAAUAAGAAUGGUCUCGUCAGGAUUGCGUGCUACAACCUGCUCUUCGCAAACCAAAUCCGUCAAAUCGCUUCCCAUGACCUCGUUGUGGCUGCUCUUGCCGGUGAUGCUUUGAAUCUCGUCAAGACAUGCGCCGCAGAUACCAUUGCAUUGAUCUUUUCUGACACGGGAAUGGCCGAGCUACAACGUCUCUUUCAAGAGAACAAGAAGCCCGGGCAGCGUGACACCGGCCUGCGUGGAGAGUUCCCUACAGCGGAAGCUUACCUUGUUACCGAGCAGCUUUUGCGUAGCUUGGGGAUGCUCAACGAAAUACUCAACAAUCUCCAGACCGAUGUGUUGACCAAGGAUAUUGCUCGUAACGACAGAGAUGUUGGUGGCAUAGAGGCUGCAUGGCGUGGGCUGUUCACACUCCUACCCUUUAACGGUAUGGACAAUCAGGGCAUCGCUCAUCGGAAAACCCGGUUCACGGUUGUACAUGAUAACUGGCAGCUUGUCAAGAAACUUCUGUCUCCUGCCCUUGACAAUUAUGGCACGAACUCCGCGACCCAGCCUAUCUCGUACAAUGCCUAUUGCCGAGCACUUUUUCAAAGAUGUUAUCAUUUGAUCAAUACGUGGGGAUGGAGAGAAUGCAGGCCUAUUCUCGACACUCUCUACGACUUCUUCGCGCAGAACAGUCUUUACAACUUGAAGCUCGAGGAAAGUCGCGGAUCUCCUUCGUUCCUCGAUGAACUUGACCAAGACCCCUCCUUGGACGUUCAACCCGGGGAACCUUGCUUUCAUACUUUGCUCAAAAUCAUUGCAAGUGGUCUGCGCUUCUUGUCUGAGCGGUAUAAUGACAAGAAGGUCCGAAACUUUGCAUGGCGGCUGCUGCCAAACCAUGGUCGCGUUUACCCGAAGGAGAAGCCCCUGCGCCGUGAAGACCUCGAUGCCUUGAGGAACCAUCAUGACCUUCUGUGCACCUUGUACUGGGUCAUUCCUCCCGGAUUACGGUUUCGGGUGGAGACCAUUCGAGAUCUAGUUCAUCCAGCUAGCUCGCACAACGAGACGUGUAGUAUCAAUCUCCGCGCAUGGGCAAGACUUGUUCGAUUCAAGUUGUCAACCAACGAAGACAUGUCGGAAUUAGAACCAUUUGCCAGUUGGCACAGCUUCUUCGUGAAUGAGCUUCGACAGCAACACACGCAUGCUCGCAAGGAGAUAGAAGCACAGAGUAAGAAUGGCGAGCGCGUUUCUCAACAUCUUAUCGAAAGCACCAUCUCCCAGAACCAACGGCCAAUUGAAAGCUUGUUAUCCAUGGCGCUCGGUGGCAUGCGGACUGCUGUCGAGCGCGCACCCUCACUUGAGCAUGCGCUGCGCCUCAUCUCCAAGACACCUUUCGAGUCUUUGCUUGGACUUUUCAACCCAAAGCUCGCACGAGUGAAUGUGGUAGUCUCCGAUGCUUUGCAAGUGAUUAUGGCUUAUGUGCAGAAAGACCCUACCGUUAUGGUGGGUACUGCCACGGACAAUACGCCUCCAAUUGCUGCCGCAUCUACCGAAGAUGAUAGCCAAGAAUUUGAAGAUGUUGACUGGGAAGAGAGCCUUGAUCAUGCGUUGGUACAUCAACAAUCACCUACCGAGGGCAUUCAGCAUGUUGAAAUGGUCCUCCACUCCGUCGUUUUCCGAUUACUAUCCAACUGUUUCGGUGAAGACCACUGCCCCGAAGAUGCAAUCCUUUUGAAUGUCGUGGAUUGCUGGACAUGCGUGGCCCAGAUUCUGGUUCUUCAUAAACUCAGAGAGUGGGACAACUUUUUGGAUCCUGUCAGCGUUGAAUCUUGGGCGAGUCUUCGGGAGACAGUGCAGACCAGAAAGUUCGCGCCACGGUUUUUGGCAGGAUGCAUUGAGAAAGAUCGGCGCAUACUCUCCGAUAGUCGAAUUCUUGUCAUGGGCAUCUGGCUUUCGUCUUUGGUGGAGCGCUCUUCAAUGCUAAAAUUCCAGCAUCAUCUCACGGAGACGCUGUUGAACGGCAAUCCGCGUGAUUCAUUACUGCAGAAUCUUCCUUUCACCAAGGACAAGAAAAGUGAACGAUACACAAUUACUCUAGAGGAACUCGGCCAGCGGCGACUUUCUCUCAUAUCUAGCGUUUUGUCAAACAUGCGGGAGCAUGUGUUGCACCUGGAAGCGUCCGACAGUCAAGACUUGAAUAUCACCAAGCAAGAUUACUCCGAGUUGCUCAAAAAGCUUAUGACUGCCAUGCGGAACAACUACCAGGAACUUGGCAAUGGAGCCAUGGAAUCCGCCCAAGGUGCAUACGUCGACUUUGUCCACCGCAUCAUCAGGUUCUUACAAGAACUCACAAGCGAUAUCCGGCCGGUCGACCCCUUCUUUACGGACCCGGCUGUUUUCCCCUUGCCAUCCUCAGAUCCACGCUACAUUGUUGCAAAAUUGAAGCGUUAUGAGCCCAAGUUGUCUUCCAGUAAGGAGCUGCAGACCUUGACCAUCUUUGUCCAGAGCAUUGUUGAGAGAGCUACCAUGGAUGGCCAACACGAGCUUCUGAUCAGUCAACUACACACGGCUAUGAAGGAUACCUAUGAAUCCGGAUUGCCCAAUAAGCCUACCCUGCGGGCUGUUCUCCUGCAAUGUGUGGUCCCAGCAUACAUUGAGCUUGCCUUCAGCAAUCCGAGUGCUUGGCUGCUGGGUCUGCCCAUUGUCAAAAGCGUCUCAAUGGUGUUCAGGGAAUUGUUAUUCAACUUGGACACCACGGAUCCUACUUGUGUCUCGUCCCUGUCGAGAAUAUUCGACACGGUGUUUCAAUCGUCAUAUCGCGCACUUCGUCCUCUCUCCAAUCGACCGGCCCGACUCAAGGAUCCUGCUGUAUUGAUCAUGCUUUCUGCCUUUGUCGAGAUGAUAUCUUCCUCUCUAGUCGUUGUGAACUAUCUUGACCGUGCGACUGACGUUGCGGAAGGAGCUCUCCUGUACAUGGAAUGGUUCCGGGAGUUUUGUGUAGCUGCAUCCAUGCGGCUUGGUGAUUCCGACGCAGACACCGAAUCUGUUGCAGGUUUGGCGGCAAAGCCCCCUCUAGAGCUUCCUUCAGAUGUCCCCUUCGCCGACGCACCUGCACACCUUGCUACAGCCCGGCGUCUUGCCUUUGAAGAUCAUCAGUCCUCCCUCAGGAACUGGUCCUUCCAUGAAGGCAAAUACUAUUACACUCGUCCUGGGCAUGACUCAAAGCUAGUCAUCAUCGAGCCUGAGACUACUGCUAUGCUUGAAAACGAGAUUUCAGUGAAGCGAGCGUUCGAAGAUGCUACUGCAGACUUCGUGGACCGGGUUGAACGAUUCGACCUGCUUCCGGUGUGA